AACAAUGGAAUGCCAUCCAACUUUACUAAUAUCACGCGGUUUGCAUCUUUCCUGUGACCCUUCAAUGUGUUUUCGUCUACACCUCCCUCACUGCAAUUCCAUCUGCAUCUGCAUCAUCGUCACUUGUCACUGUUAUUCGCCAUUCUCUUCCUCACAUUUCUCACAGCUUUGUUCUUUAAUUACAGCCUCCCAACUGUAUUCGUUUCAUUUGUUCAUGAAGGGAUAACUUUGAAGUCACAACUCGUUUCUCAGACUUCAUCUCUCCACUGCUUCGCAAUGGCUAUUUCUUCUUCUUUCGAACGGGGCUAUGAUGUGUUCCUGAGCUUUAGAGGAGAAGACACCCGCAAUAACUUCACUGCCCAUCUCUGUAAGGAGUUACGCACCAAAGGGAUCAACACUUUCAUCGAUGAUGACAAGCUUGAUAGAGGCCAAGUCAUAUCCCCUGCGCUUGUCGCAGCUAUUGAAAACUCCAUGUUUUCUAUCGUUGUUUUGUCAGAAAACUACGCAUCUUCUGGAUGGUGCUUGGAGGAGCUGGUGAAAAUACUAGAGUGCAAAGAAUCAAGGGGACAGAGGGUUCUCCCUAUUUUCUACAACGUGGAUCCCUCAGAUGUGAGAAAACACAUGGGAAAAUUUGGAGAAGCAUUGGCUAAACAUGAAGAGAUUUUCAAGGAGAAUAUGGGGAGGGUGCAGAUUUGGAGGGAUGCUCUCACUCAAGUUGCCAAUUUAUCCGGUUGGGAUUCACGGAAUAAGAAUGAAGUUAUGCUUAUUGAGGAAAUUGUCUCUGGCAUUUUGAAUGAAAUAAUCCAUAUACCAUCAAGUGAUGCUGAGGACCUAGUGGGGAUAGAUUCUUCCAUACGUGAACUGGAAUCACUAUUAUGCAUGGAGUCAACUGAUGUUCGAAUGAUAGGAAUUUGGGGCAUGGGGGGCAUAGGGAAGACAACCCUUGCAGGAGCUAUUUAUGAUAGAAUUUCCAAUCAAUUUGAAGGUUGCAUCUUUUUUGAAAAUGUUGGAGAAGAUUUGAAAAGACAAGGUAUUGAUGGCUUACAAGAGAAAUUUCUUUCAAAAAUAUUAGGAUGUAAAAAUCUAAGUUUAACUGGACGCACUUUAAUAAAGGCAAGAUUCUACUCCAAAAAAGUCCUCCUUGUCCUUGAUGAUGUAAAUGAUUCAAUAGUAUUAGAAAAGUUACUUCCACAACGUGAUUGGUUUAGUCCUGGAAGUAGAAUCAUUAUAACAACUAGGAACAAAGACUUGUUAAGCAUGCAUGGAGUAAAGGAAACAUACAAGGUCAAGAAAUUAGAGGGCAAUAAAGCUAUGAAGCUCUUCAGUCAUUAUGCAUUUAAACGAGACCAUCCCAUAGAGGAUUUUAUGGAGCUAUCUAAAGACGUACUCGUGUACACUCAAGGCCUUCCAUUAGCUCUUAAAGUUUUAGGCUCUCUUUUGUUUGGUAGGAGCAAGCAUGAAUGGGAAGGUGAAUUGGAUAAACUAAAAAGAAUUCCUAAUAUGGAGAUUCAAAGAGUGCUUCAAAUAAGCUAUGAUUAUCUGAAUGACAAUGAAAAGGAUAUAUUCUUGGAUAUUGCUUGUUUCUUUUUGUGGGAGGACAAUGAUUAUGUUACAAAAAUCUUAGACAGUUGCAAUUUUUUCCCAAUUAGUGGAAUAAAAGCUCUCAUAAAUAAGUCUCUCAUAACUAUUUCUGAUAACAAGAUAAAGAUGCAUGAUUUGCUACAAGAAAUGGGUAGAGAGGUUGUUCGCAAAAAGUCCCCUAAAAUGCCUGGCAAAUGGAGCAGGUUGUGGAAUCAUGAGGACAUUUCUUAUGUGUUGAAAAAAAAUAUGGGAACAGAAGAAGUUGAAGGCAUAUUCCUCAACUUGUCUCAUUCGGAAGAGAAACUAGAAUUUACAACUCAAGCCUUUGUGAGGAUGAAUAGACUUCGAUUGCUUAAAGUCUAUAAAGAUGACAUUUCAAGAACCUUCCAAGACACCUCCAAAAAGGCAAAUUGUGAAGUGCAUUUUUCCCAAGACAUUAAAUUUCAUUAUGAUGACUUAAGAUUACUAUAUUUCCAUGGAUACCCAUUAAAAUCAUUGCCCAAUGACUUUAAUCCAAAGAAUCUUGUUGACCUCAGCAUGCCUUAUAGCCACAUUAAACAAUUGUGGGAAGGAAUCAAGGUUCUAGAAAAAUUAAAAUUCAUGAAUCUCAGGCACUCUAGAUAUCUACGAGAAACCCCGGAUUUCUCUGGGGUCGUCAACCUUGAACAGUUAGUUCUUGAAGGUUGUACAUCUUUGUGUGAGGUUCAUCCUUCUCUUGUAGUUCUGAACAAACUCAAUUUCCUGAGUUUGAAGAACUGCAUAAUGCUGAAGAGUCUUCCAAGCAACAUUUAUAAUCUAAAAUCUCUCGAAACCUUUGAUGUUUCUGGUUGCUCAGAUUGUGUGAACUUAAAAUGGCUAAAGGAGCUCUGUGCAGACAAAGGAACACCAUCUACCUCACACUUGAUGCCAAGGAGUUCAAAUUCCAUUUGUUUCAUGUUGCCUCCUUUCCCAGUUUUGUGUUCCUUAACAAAACUAAACCUAACAAACUGCUUUAUAUCAGAUAGCGCAAAUCUCGGUAAUCUUGGCUUCUUAUCUUCGCUGAAAUCCUUAAAUUUGAGCGGAAACCACUUUGUUACUUUGCCUUCGAGCAUCAACCAACUUUCUCAACUGAAAUGGCUGGGGUUGGAAAAUUGCAAAAGACUUAAAGCACUCCGGGAGCUUCCAUCAAGCAUAGAAGAGAUCAAUGCACAUAAUUGCACAUCAUUAACCACACUUAGCUCUGGCUUCAAACUGAAGGGGGAUCCCUUGUUGCCCCCACUUGAGCCUGCUUCCCCAGAGCUAGAAACCAGUAUUCCAGAGUUGUUAAAAGCUGCAUUCAGCCUUGUUAUUCCUGGGAGAAGAAUACCAGAUUGGAUCGGGAAUCAGGACUGGGGUAGUGAAAUAGAAUUAGAGCUACCUCCAAGUUGGUUUAAUUCCAAUGUCCUGGCUUUUGCUUUUGCUGUAGUCUAUAGUUUCCCACUUCCGCUCAGUCACAGGAGCAGUGGUUGGGUUAGUGCAGACUGCAACUUCUAUUCCCAUCACAGUUCUUGGCACUAUGCUGUCUAUCCUCAGACUACUCUAAGGGGAGGAUUGGAGUCAGAUCAUUUGUGGCUGCUUUGUGUACCAUUUCCCUCUUCUAUCAAUUUUGAUGAAGUGAUUCGAAUUAAGGCUUCAUUUGACAUUUUACUCCGAAUAGGAGUUUGUGCAAUUAAGAAGUGUGGGAUUGAUCUAGUGUACAGGAAUGAAGAGGUGAAUGGCAACAAUAUAGCAAUGAUCCAAUACAUCUCUCCUCCUCCUAAUUCAACUCUUCUCCUUGAAGAAAUCCAUGAGGGGGAUUCCAGUGGAAGUGGGUGGUCUUAUGAUGGCUCAGAAUCAGAGAAUUCUGAUUACUAUAAUUCUUGUGAUGGGGAAACCAGUGAAAGUGGGUGGUGUAGUGAUGACUCAGAAUCAGAGAUGCAGCCCGAGAAACGCUUGAAAUGGAGCUCUAAUCAGGACAAUGAGGAUUGAAGUGGUGAAUGACAAUAAUCUAACACUAACCUAAUUCAACUUUUAUCUGUCCUCACAAUUCAACUCUCCUCCUUGAAGUCCUAACACAUUUGGAGGACCCACAUAUACAAUGAUAGAGCAAAAUAGUGGAUGCUACAGUAAUACAAGGGAGUCCUGUUAAUUUAUUUUGUGAAUUCAAGUCGAUAUGAUGAGAUCUUCAUUCCCUGAAGCCAGUUACUUCAUCAUAUUUGUUAACCUGCUGGUCACUUGUCGUUGGAGGAUGAACCUGGUGACAGUUGUAAUAGAUGUCUUUAAGUGGCUGAGUAAGUUGAGAAGCACUGAAGCCUCAUUGAAUAUAGAUGGCAUACCUGACCAAGUAACCAAACAGAGGGAGCAAAUUCAUUCAAGAAUGGCAUUAGCGUCUCCACCCUUUAUUCUGUUGGUAUCCAUUGUGAAUCUCUCAACUUUGUGGUGGAGUAGCUGCCACAAGUUCAUAUGGACUAAACUUAUGAUCUCAACCAGUCGGUCUGAGAAGAUACCAUAUUCCAGAGAAGGCUUGAUGACUUCUACCAUGGAUAACCCAGCAUAAGUUGUUUCUCUGGUAAUGACUCACACACUUGCAACCUUGAGAUGUAGCCGAAGUUUAUGAUUUCUAACUGUUUGAAUACUGCAUACUGGGUUUCUUCAUUCUGGUCAUGACUGAAGCCUUAACACAUUCAAAGGACCCACUGAUACCAUGAUAGACCUAAAGGGAAUAAAUCCAUUCAAGAAUGACACUAUCUUCUUGGUUACUGUUCAUUUAUACCAUUUGGUUUCUGGGGAUGUCAUUAUUUUUCUUACUUAAUGAUAUGUUGUUUGUUUCUUAUUGUAAGUGUUUAGCUAGGUUGACAAUUUUGGAUAAAAUUCCUAAAUGUCUCCUAACUUGAUUUUUCCAAUCCUUCUUCAAACUACUUGCCUAAUGAAGAUCAAGUUAUUGAAUUUGUCAAGAAACCAAAGUAUGUAGUUGAGGUUGGAGUUGGAUGGAAUUGAAUCAAGUAUAUUAUUUAAAUGUUUUUCUUAAAAUAUUUUUGGAGUUAAGAAGGCUUGGGAAACUUUUUUUUUUUUUUUUACUAAGUGUUCAAAAUACCCUGUUCCAGGAUUGAUCCAACUUUAGGUCAGAUCGAUUCAAGUUGCACUUUCUUGAUGAAAUCUCAUUUGUUGGAUUAAGGGCUUCCUUCAUUUAAAAACCUAAAAUUGUUUCUUGUGCUGUAGAGAAAGACAUAACAACAACCAUCCCUUUUGGUUCUCUUCUCCUUUCCUAAUUUGGGAUGUUUGGUUGCCAAGAAAAUCCAACUUUCCUAUUGUUUGCCAAACUGUUUUCAAUGAAUUUUCUUGAGAAAAAAAUGAGUUAGAUUCUUCAUUCGUUCAUUUCUCAAUUUCGAAACUAUUGGGUUUGGGUAAAAACCCAUUUUCUACUUGUGUAGAUUCAAGAAGAGGCCAAGAUCAAGCUUGAUGUGGACUCCAAGUGUGCUCCGAAAGAUGAAGGUGAGAAGCUGAAAUUGAAAGGUGUCAAUCAAGUGGCUUGGGAAGGAUUGGUAGGCUUUAGCUAGCUAAAACCUUGUAUUCAGUUUUUGUUCUUCAUAGUAGACAUUUUUAAUCGGUUGUAGGCCCGUGGUUUUUUAUCUCUUCGGAUGUUUUCCACAUUAAAAUUUGGUGUCAUUGUCUCUUUCUCUCAUUCUACUUUUUGAUUUAUUUUCAGUUUUUAAUAUCAUUGAUUACUUAGGUAUAUAUGUUGAAUGGAAGAAAAAUGAGUUGAAAUAUGUGUGAUUAUCCUUUGGAUAUCUUGAAUAAUUUUUCUAUUCAUUUUGAUUGAUGAUAUCUUAUAGUAAUUGGAAAUGAGGUAAGGAGAUAAUCGUUUUUAUGAAUUAAUCUUAGGGAGUGUUGAAGCAUUUGCAUGUGACUUGCAUUUGAAAUUUGUUGGGGGAGCGUUGUUGCAUUCAUAUUUGCAUGUGAUCUCUACUUUGUGUUUGAAAAUAUUUGUAAAGAAAAGUAAAAUUAGUUAAAAUCUUAAGGUUAGAUACCUUGUGUUGGAAGACCUUGUAAAUUGGUCAAUAAGACCCAUUCACUCCCCUUUAGGUGUAGUCCAUCUUUGAGAUUCACCUUUCACUUAUCAUCGAGUCUUCCCUAAAAAUAAAAUAUUACUAAGGUAGUGUUUGUUUUUUGGUUGAAUAAAAAAAGUCAAAACAUUUGGUCUUUUCUAUUUACCUAAAACUAAUUUGUUAAUAUCAACCUCCAUAACGAAAGUGAAUUUGUUAUCAAUGAGUUCAAUUUAGUUAUGUUGGUUAAUGUCAACAGGUUAUUUUUAACUUAAUAGGAAAAACUACAUAUUUUGACUAUUGAACAAAAAAAAAAAAAAAAAAACACCACCUAAGAAUUGAAAGUUUUUGUAACACCAUUGGUAUUGAUUUUGCUUAGAAACAGCUAUUUCAGAAAUUCUGUGUGAUUAAUCAAUAUUUAUCAUGUAUGUUUGUGGUUGAUUAAAAUCGUGUAUAAAUUGCCUCUUGAUUAAUUCUUGGAGGAUCUACAUGAAUUUCACCAUAGUGGUGAGGUGGCUAAAAUUCAUAGGCUUCUUGGUAUAUACCCAAUAAGAUAGACACCUGUUUGUUCAUAAUUUCUAGAUUGCCAUGCAUAAUAUAAAGUGAUCAUCACUGAAGGAGUUUAAUGAACAAAUGAAGUCAGUUUCAAACAUAAGUAAUUUCUUGUUCUUUUGGAACUAGAUUUUAAUUCUUGUUUGCAGUGGGCUUUUAAGAGCAUUUUGGGUUGCAUUGGUAGUAUUAGCUUAAAAGUUUUGGAGGUUUAGAAGAGGCUGAAGGUGUUUGGCAAAGGGAUUUCGAUUUCUCCGUAGGUUGCUUUCUUGCUCAAUUUUAAAUUGCUUAGUUUGUGUUGGUUUCUUGUCUGGAAUGUUUAAUUUAGUAGUAGAGGCUUGUUUGGCAUUGAUAAAAGGAAUAAUUGAAUUUCCGGUUGGUAUCAAAUUUGAACUAUGCUAUGGAGCAAGGAAAAAGGUGAACAAGAUUUAAGCCAGAACCUUGACAUCUGUCUCAUUCUCUAGGUCUUCAGUUGCUAUGCCCCUACUUCUUAUUGUUUUAACAGUAUGGAAGUUUGUUAUAUUUGUUGUUUUGCAGUCAAAGGUGUAAUCCAUACAAGCCCUAGUAACAUAUUUUGUGAAUUGGAGUUCGAUGAUAUUCAUUCUCUUGAUCAGUUUGAUGAUAAUAGGCAAAUUCCUUUAUGAGAGGAAUUGAAAGUGAUAAAUGGGAGGGAAUGAAAAAGGAUAUUGUUUCUAAAAUAUGUUUAUCUCAUGCUUAAUCAUUUAAUUUGCAUUAGUAGUUAGAUAUUGAAGAUUAUACAUCAAUUUACUUAACAUAGAUUUAUGGAAAAAUUAAUCGGCAAAAUAAAUUAGAUGAUUUUUUUUUUUACUUAAUUCUAAAUAAAAUUUAAAACUAAGUAGUGUUUGAUAAUGUUAAAUAUAAGUUGUUUACUUUUUUAAUAUUUUAUUUUUAGUAAGUAUUAAGAAGUUAGG